GGGGCUGGGAGGUCCUGUAAUCAGAUUUUGCUAGGUCAUACUCGGAGUGGAUCUGCAGAAGAUCUCAUCAUCGAGAAAUGCAACACCAUGUCCUCUGCAUUCUUGUGCUGGGAGUGUCAUCGGUGAGAAUGUCAGAUCCGGAGCAAUGCAACUGUGAAGAGAAAGUGCCAGCCUGCAUGGUUAUUCCUGGAAGCAAUGGAUUGCCAGGCAUCCCUGGGAGCAAUGGACUGCCAGGAAGAGAUGGGAAGGAAGGUCCUCAAGGUGAAAAGGGAGAGCAAGGUUUACGAGGAAUGCAGGGACCCCCAGGAAAAGCUGGGCCUCCUGGCCUUAAAGGGGAAAGUGGUCAGAAAGGUGACUGUGGAGGAAAAGAACUUGAGCUGCUCAAAACUCAAAUCAGUGAUUUACAAGGAGAGCUGAAGGCUUUGCAGCUGACUGCAAGCAAAACCCAGAAAGCCAUUCUAGGUUACAUUUUCUCAAACAGCACAAGAGUAGGAGGGAAACUAUUUGUGACUAAUGGAGAUGACGGUGAUUAUGAGACUUCAAAAGCGACGUGUAACCAUUUUGGUGGCCAGGUUGCUUCUCCAAGGAAUGAAAAUGAAAACACCGCUGCACUGAAACUCUCUGCAAAAAUGGGAAGAAAAGUAUUUUUUGGAAUGAAUGACCAGGAGACAGAAGGCAUCUUCAAGCAUCUUAAUGGUGAAACAAUGGAAUAUUCAAACUGGGCACCAAAAGAACCCAAUGGGGUGGAAGAGGACUGCAUAGAAUUGUAUCCAGAUGGCAAAUGGAAUGACAUCUCAUGCAAUGUGGCUCGGUUAAUAAUGUGCGAAUUUUGAUCUGACUGUCUUUAUGGGUGUUUAUAGAUAUAUUAAAGCAGAAUUCAAAAAUC